CCUCUUUUCCCCAACACUGGCUUACACGGGGGGACUUUUUUUAUUUUAUUUUUUUACAAUUUUGUAAUUUUUUUUUUUGUUGGGAGCUGGGGGGGUGGAGAUGCGAGUGCACGCACAGCGGGAGGGUAUCCAAGCAAGUGUAUCUCCGGCUCAGACGCAUCGGUGCGGGACUGCUUGAGACAUGCAAACUGCGGUGUCUGAUUUGGACUUGGGGAGGUUCGCUACAUAGGAUGCAUCCUCCCCUGACUGCUGUGACGCGGUGCUGAUCCACCCUCUGCUUCUUCUUCUUCUUCUUGUCCUCCUUUUCUUUUUACAACUAAAAAAAACACCACAAGGCUCUCUCCUCGGAAGCCUGCCGUGGUUUUAUUGUUUUAGUUGUGUGUGUGUGCGUGUGUGUGUGUGUGUGUGUGUGUGUGCGUGCAUGUAUGUGUGAGUGUGCUUCCUGGCGUCUCCUCCCCGGUGCGACACAUGCAAUUAAAAGAGUACAUUUUCUAUGAUCGAAAAGAAGAAGAAGAAGAAGAAGCAGCACCAGAGGAUUACAUGGUUGUCUAUUUCCUGCUUCCUAUAUGAUACAAUUGGCAGCCUCAUCCUGGAGGACUGGUCCAGCUGUGCUGCUGCUGCUGCUAUCAUUACUACUACUAACAUUCUUCUUAUUAUUAUUAAUAUGCAACGGCAAGGAUCUCAUCUCUGUUUGGGUGUCUGAGCCACUGGAUUCGCCCAAAUCAAUCAAUGUGGUUUCUUUGGAACAUUUUCAGCAAAGGAACGCAUAUGCUGCAGUGUCUUUGUGGCAAGAGUCUCAAGAAAAACAAGAAUCCAAGUGAUCCCCAGCUCAAGGGUAUAGUGACCAGGUUAUAUUGCAGACAGGGAUACUACUUGCAAAUGAAUCCCGAUGGCUCUCUUGAUGGCACCAAGGAUGACAGCAGUAAUUCCUCUUUGUUCAACCUUAUUCCCGUGGGCCUCCGUGUCGUCGCCAUUCAGUCUGUGAAGACGGGCUUGUACAUCGCCAUGAACGGGGAGGGUCAUCUCUACACAUCUGAGCUCUUUACGGCCGAAUGCAAAUUCAAGGAGUCGGUGUUUGAGAACUACUACGUCAUCUACUCAUCCAUGUUGUACCGACAGCAGGAGUCGGGCCGGGCCUGGUUCCUGGGUCUCAACAAAGAGGGUCAAGCCAUGAAGGGGAACCGAGUGAAGAAAACCAAACCGGCCGCUCACUUCUUGCCCAAGCCAUUAGAAGUCGCCAUGUACCGAGAGCCAUCGCUGCACGACGUGGGGGAGACGGUGCCCAAGGCGGCCGUGCCUCCCAGUAAAAGCACAAGCGAGCCUGUGGUGAUGAACGGAGAGUGUGGGUUCUAGGAGUAUCUCUAGGCCUUGUGGGCCUCCGUUGCCGCCGGCUUCUUGGACAAUUAAGAGACUUUAGUCCGUGCGACUGCGGCAUCCACAACUGGCUGAAACAUUUACAUCUGCAAACUAAAAAGCAUGGGUUAAUCUUGUGUUCUCUAUCUCUUGCAGCAACAACUUACUGUAUAUUGUAACAUUUUCAUUGUAUAAUAAAAAGCUACGAUGGUGGGGGUGGGGGGGGGAUGACUCUUAAUAAAACUUUUUAAAAGAUUAUUUAUCUAACCAAGAGGAUGCGUCUCCUAGCUCAGCAUGCAGAGUCCAGUACCGAUCAUUCUGGCCUAUCACGUGCCUGUUUUGAACCUCGAUAUAUAUAUUUUUUUCCCGGCAUGCAAAAACCGGUUCCCAGUCCCCUACUGGGCCAAAAAGGUGCCUCGCCCUCCCCUCUAACCCACCCAUUCAUUUAGAGGACACGUAGCACUUGUCAGUAUAGCAAGAAACACCCUGUUCACUCUGAAAUGACCAAAGGUUUGUUUUUCUUUACCACCCGCCAACUUGUCAGCCUGCAAAUUGUAGUACUAUGGAAAAAAGUAGUCAUAUUCAAAAAAAUUGGGAGAUUAAAGUACUUAAUCCUGAGAGAAAAAAAGGUUGUUUUUUUGUUGUUUUUUAGGAAAAGGUUGAUCUCUUUAAAGGAAAAAGUUGCAAUGAUAUGAGAAAAAGUGGUACUCUGGCGAGCAAGAUUCCAGUUGAGUCCACAAUGCUCACUCUGAAAUUUCUUUAUGGCCUUUCAAGCAGACUUGCUGUAGUCUGCAAGUUGUAAGCCCAUCUCAACUGUCUUUUGGCGCCUGUUCGCCUGGCCAAUCACAGGCCACAUACAGUAUAGACAAACAACCAUUCACAUUCAUACCUAUGGACAAUUUGGAGUCACCAAUUAACCGAGCAUGUUUUUGGAAUGUGGGAGGAAACUGGAGUACCCGGAAGGAACAUGCAAACUCCACACCCGAUCUCCUGACUGUGUGGCCCAACCUGCUAACCAUGUGGCCACCGUUACACCCAAAAAAUUCAAUUGAGAAAAGUUAGAAUGUUAUAGAUGUCGGUGUAUUAAAAUAGAGAGAGAAAAGCUCUCAUCUUGGAUUACUGGUUUAAAGUUGUUGGUCUCACAAGAUACACAAAAAUACAGUAGUUAUUGAGGAACUAAUGAAAUAAUGAGGAAAUCACGAGUAACUAAUGAAGGACUAAUGAGUAGAGUAGUUACAGAGGAACUAAUGAACAACUAAUGAGAAACUAAUGUUUUGAGUAGUUACUGAAGAACUAAGGCACAAAUUCAGAGUAGUUACUGAGGAACUAAUGAACAACUAAUGAGAAACUAAUGUUUUGAGUAGUUACUGAAGAACUAAGGCACAAAUUCAGAGUAGUUACUGAGGAACUAAUGAACAACUAAUGAGAAACUAAUGGUUUGAGUAGUUACUGAGGAACUCAGAAACACAUUCAGAGUAGUUACAGAGGAACUAAUGAACAACUAAUGAGAAACUAAUGUUUUGAGUAGUUACUGUGGAACUCGGACACAAAUUCAGAGUAGUUACUGAGGAACUAAUGAAGAACUGAGAAACUAAUGAGUAUAGUAGUUACUGAAGAACUAGGGCACAAAUUCAGAGUAGUUACUGAGGAAUUAAUCAACAAUUAAUGAGAAACGAAUGAGUAUAGUAGUAACUGAAGAACUAAGGCACAAAUUCAGAGUAGUUACUGAGGAACUAAUGAGAAACGAAUGAGUAUAGUAGUUACUGAAGAGCUAAGGCAAAAAUUCAGAGUAGUUACCGAGGAACUAAUGAAAAUCUAAUGAGAAACUCAGAGUAGUUACUGAAUAACUAAGGCACAAAUUCAGAGUAGUUACUGAGGAAUUAAUCAACAAUUUAUGAGAAACUAAUGAGUAUAGUAGUUACUGAGAACUAAGACAUACAUUUAGAGUAGUUACUGCGGAACUAUUGAACUGAUGUAGCUCUAAUGGCUAAAACACAUCAAUGUAAAGUAGUUACAAAGGAACUACUAUAAUCAUGCGUAUCUUACUAAGUGUUACCAAACUGGGUUACAAGCAAGUUGUUCUAAAUUUUUUUUUUUCAAAGUGAUAUUAAAGGCGUAAUUAUGCGGGAAAAAAACAUAAAUGUAAAGUAUUGAAUACCAUAAAUUUGACUUUAAACCUGUCAAAAUUUUCCUUGGAGAUUUAUGACUUUAUUCUCAUAAAACGAUGACUCUUUUUCACCAUAGUACCACUUCAUUCCUCUAAGAUUGCGACUUUGUCCUCACAAUAUUACUUUUACUUUAUUCAUCAUCACCCUGCUCACUCUGAAAUGACCAAAGGCUUUUUUUUUCUUUCAACCCAGAAGACUCUUUGAAGAUUUCACUUUCACUGUGAUAGCUUUUUUUGUUCCAGAUUAUCUCCCCCCCGCACCCGCUCUUCUACUCGGAAAGGUCUCUACUUGAUGUCAUUUUACUACAGAGCUUUGUCUACCUUCAAUGAGUCGCUUGCAUGUCAUUAUCAGGAGGGAUAUACAAUAAAGUACGUAGUGUAUGACUACUUUGACAUGGGCAUGUUGCAGGCUACGCCGCCCCUCGUAAGCUAUUCUGCACUUUCACCUUGUAUCCUCGUCACGACUGUUAGCGGAUAAUGACCAAUCCUUUGUCUUGCGCCGACUUGCUGUUUUUGCAUCGAGAAAUGUCUACUUUAUCGGAAUGAGACGUGACCAUAUGGGGAUAUUAGUAAAGAUGUGUCCACGUGGCGUUAGAUAUGUCGGUGUGGCGUUCAACAAACCCCAAUAAGUCAACUUCAUAGGCAGUUGGACUUCUUAUUGGUUGUUUAGCAAAAAAAAAAAAAAACAAUGUUUGGAUCCAUGUUGCCACUUUCCUUCAUCUGCAUUUCUCUACCAGAUUUGUGCAAUUUUGCCACCUAAUGUACUGUAGUUCCAUAAGAUUAUUUUAUUUGUUGAAGGAAGAACUGUAUGUUGAUCACCAAAUUGUUGCUUUGUACUGCUUUUCUUUAAAAAAAAAAAAAAGGCAUAUGCAAUAUGAGUUUGUCCACAGUUUGUGUUGUGUUGUAUACAAGCGUACAAUAUGUUGAAUAUGUACUGUAUGUGAGAGUGUACUAGAGUGUACUGUACUGGUGUGCAGUACAUAUAUUAUUGCACAUUAAAGAGAGGUAAGACAGUUCAACAAUUGGUGGUUUAAGAGUUGCGUAAGAGUAUUAGGGCCACACUGGAAAGAAAAACAAAAUUCUGAGGAAAAAAUCGGCAUGACACAAGAAUAUGUUUUCAGUAGAACUUGCACGAUAGGGCGAAUUACGCAUGUUGCUUGGCAGGAUGAAAGUUUGUGCGUCGUGCAGGCUUGUGACGCCGACUUUUUCAUCGCUUUUUGCCCAGGACCAUCCAGCAAGAGUUUCAUUGAUGGACCAAUGAGCAGACAGGAUGCUAAUCAAUAUGUACGACUUGCCGUGUCAGAUUUACAGCUAUCUGACAUUUCUCAAAAAUAAUCUAGUGCUAUUAAAGAAGGCGGCAUUGGAACUCGUUGGUGCCAUAGCGGGUAAGUUUAUCAAUUACAUGGACAAUUUUUGUAAGUUUAUCGGCAAUAUUAGCAAGGUCCAUAAGACCAUGGAAUGUGAAAUGAACACAUCACUCACCGGUUUGCUGCUUGUAGUCACUUGUCGCCGCCUGUGUUGCUGCGUGUUGGCGAUGAGUCUAGCCAAUCGCAGUCAUUCGUGUGUGGCGGCCAUAAGUGGACCAACACAUCAAGUCACAACACAUCAACUUUUCCACAGUGGCCACUUAAGCUGAUGUCGUUACAUAGUCAACACCUUAGUUGUUGUAUUAUCACUUCUACAUUUAUUCAAUUCAAUAAAAGAAACAAUGGAGGCAAACCAGUUCAACAAAAUUUAAAAAGGUUAAAAAAAAUCCUUAAUUUUUAUGUCUCUGGUCAAGUAAAUCUGUAAGUAAUGGCUUGUUUUGGUGUGAGGGAUAUCGACCUAAAUUGUUGGUGAAAUGAGGACAAAUGACACAUUUCACUGCACAAUAAAACAGUCGGAAUGUUAUGAUUUGUUAACACAAUUUCAUAGUGUUAUGUGAAGGAAGUUUGAAACUUCAGUGUGAGACUGAAGUCAUAUUACAAGAAAAAGUUGUUGGCAUAGAGAAGUCAGACUUUUGGAGGAAAAAUUGUGGAAGUAGAAAAAACAACGUUGUUCAACAAGUGCAUGUCAAAAUUUGCCACCUAAAGCAAUAUUACACUAUAAAGCUACGUAUUUGCAAUUGUGAUAUUACAAUAACGUUCUUCGAAAAAAAAAUAUUGUAAAAUGUACAAUUUUAUUCUUGCAAAAUUACGAUUGUUUUUCCCUUUAGCAUUAGUCACAUGACAACGUGACUGUGUUCUCCACCCAAUUUAUUUACGCAUUUCAGUGUGGCCCUAAGACUAAACAAAAGUAAAACAAAGGCCAUAGUCAGAUGUUGUUAUUAGGCAUCUUUCUCAAGUGUGAUACGUUAUGGACAAACAUUUUUUUCAUUAAUGACCUUGGAUCCUUCUCUGGAUGAAUGAACGAAAAUCCCCUCUUCUAAAUUUUAGAAGGUGUUCCCAGAAAUGCUGUUUAGGUAAAAAAAAAUGUCACACAUCCCGAUGCUUUUGAUCAUCAGUGCAUGUAGAGUAAGUUGUCUUUGUGUUUUAUUUUCUCCAUACCAGAAAGUCCCGAGAAAGAGUCACUAUUGAAUUUUUUUGGGAAAAAAAUAUACAUAGUUUGUCAUGUUCUAAUAACUUUGUAACCAUGUAUGUUUAUUCGUAUUUGGUUUCCAUGCAAAAUGUCGUUUCAUGCGGCACAUUUAAUGUUUUAUUAUUUCAAAUAAAAAAAACAUAAAAGAAA